AUGGUUGCUUCCAUAAUGGAUGAGAGAGAAAAUGUUACUGAGCGAAUCAGACAUGUAAUGAAAGAUGAUUUGUUUCGCUUGAAUACGACGAUGAUCAUACCAUUAAAUGCAUACAUUCUGAAACUGAUUGGGAAAUUGGAUUCAAUGGAUGUAAAUUUCAGCUCUGUUAAUCCCAUCAAUUUACUUUUGACUUUGAACAAAACAAAACCGGAGAUAAUACAUUUCAAUCAAUUUUUUGAGACUUCCGCACCAGUGUGGUUUCAGUUUCAUUCAGCUGUUAAGUUAUUGACACUUUUCAUCAUUUUAUAUUUGGCUUUAUAUGCUAUUCUGAUGGUAAUGGUCAUAUGUGAAAAGGUUUGGCGUUUCUGGCGCAACUUGCUGAGAAUAGCGCAGGAGAGAGCGAUGACUAAAGCAAAGUUUCAUACAAUUACUGAAAAUAUACAACAAAUACACAGACUGCAAGCUGUAAGGACAGGAAAUGAAAGUGAACAGAAAUUAUUCAGCCAGAUUUUGAAUGAGCUUCGCGAUACAUAUCAACCAAAUCAAGGAAGAAAAGUUGAAGUCCUCUUUCCAAAUGAUUUCAAAGGCAGCAAUGUACCACAAGACAUUAGACCAUAG